CUCCUUCUCGGCCGCCGUUGCGCUGCGCUUCGCGGCAGCAAGAUGGCGGCGCAACAGCAGGACCGUGAAGGCGGUGCGCAGCUGGCGGGCCGUGCGGCGGAGCCCGACCCACUCAGCCGCUUCACGUGUCCCGUGUGCUUAGAGGUGUACGAGAAGCCAGUGCGGGUGCUCUGUGGACACGUCUUUUGCUCUGCAUGCCUGCAGGAAUGUCUGAAGCCGAAGAAGCCUGUCUGUGGGGUGUGUCGUAGCCCUCUGGCACCUGGCGACCGAGCUGUGGAGCUCGAGCGGCAGAUUGAGAGCACAGAGACUUCUUGCCAUGGCUGCCGUAAAAAUUUCUUCCUAUCCAAGAUCCGGGCCCACGUAGCUACCUGUUCCAAAUACCAGAAUUACAUCAUGGAAGGUGUGAAGGCCACCACCAAGGAUGCGUCCCUGCAGCCGAGGAAUGUCCCCAACCGUUACACCUUUCCUUGCCCUUACUGUCCCGAGAAGAACUUUGAUCAAGAAGGACUUGUGGAACACUGCAAGAUAUCCCAUAGCACGGAUACCAAAUCUGUGGUUUGUCCCAUAUGCGCCUCGAUGCCUUGGGGAGACCCCAACUACCGCAGCGCCAACUUCAUGGAGCACGUCCAGCGCCGGCACCAGUUUUCGUACGACACUUUCGUGGAUUAUGAUGUCGAUGAAGAGGACAUGAUGAAUCAGGUGUUGCAACGCUCCAUCAUCGAUCAGUGAGCAGAGUGUCUGCUGUCCGUCUCAUGUUCCUGAGCUUCCAUUUCAUAUUACAUGUGAAACAUGUGACUUGUACACCUGAAAUGUACAGCAGACGAAGUGAGCUUUGUUAUUAGAACAGGGUCCCUUCUGACAGGGAAACAGGUCCCCAGAUCAGAGCCGUCCUUUCCUCUGGGCUCUUCCCCACCGUUAACCAUGUUAGUCACAUAUCUGGUCUUGCCUCAGCUACUACCUGGAGCUUCUGCCUCCUCUCCAGGAAGAGAAGCCAGCUUCUCCGCCUGUCCUUGUUUCACACUUGGUCCUCCCAUCCAGCGCUGAUCUCUCAGGUCCUCCGAGCCAGCCAGGACCUUUUCUGGGUUAUGAAAAGCACAAAUGAGACAGGUGUCUCUUCUCCUUGUCCCUGGGGUGUGUGAGCUCUGGCAGUUGCGCAUCCCAUCGGUGGCGGAGCUUCUGUGCGGUGCAGGGUCCUGUUAGUCCUUGGCAGCAGCUACGGGAAGCUGGAGUCACCUCCCAGGACACUUUUCCAGAGUCCUGUUGGGGUGCGUGUUCUGGGUUCAGCGUUUUGAUUCGUAACAUUUCCUGCUGUUCUUGCACACCCUUAGAGUGAACUGGUUCAGUCUUAAAUGCCUGCAUGGUGCCUUUUUAGGAUAAGAUGUAUCCAUAUGUUUUUAGUGGAAAUAAGUGUUUCUAGGUUAGAAAAGUUAAACUCACUUUCUCCAUAAAUGGUAAAGAGUGUCAGCUGAGAGGGAGUGGGGGGCAUAACUUUUGGCUUCUGAUUUUCAAACUAAUGAGGUAUUUUCAAAUGACUGGGUCAUAUUUAACUCCCUGGGAGACUGCUUACACUCUUGUCCUUAAGGCACAAAAAAGAGUCCUCGAAUGAAUGAGAAGAGGAUUGGGGGUUCCAGUGGAUACCCGUUCUUUUACUUUGUUUUGUAACUUAGGUCAAACUGAGCUUUGCUUUUCUAUCAGAGUUUGUAGGAAGUCUAGUAUCACAGCCUGCUGUCUGUCCAGACAAGGCACUGUUUGAAAGGCUCUACAUGUCCCUUGUGAGCUGCUCUUAGUGGAAACUGCCUACUGGAAACUUGCUUGGUAGCAGCUCGAGAAGCUUGGUGUUCACCAUGUUCACCAUACUAAUAAACACAAGGCCCAGAGGAGCUGGCAGUCCAGCACAUGGGAGCAACCUCUGACCGGCCGAAGGGCAUCUGGGCUUGGGUUUGCUUUUUCAUGUCAGGCCUCUCCAGUCAAAUAUGGAAAUUUUUUUUUUGGUCGGUGGCGGAGAUUGCAAGUGACAGGGCUUCGGGCCUCUCCCCAUCUGCCAGUAAGAACUGCGGAUGCCUAGCAGCCAGCAGAGAUGGGGCCCUUUGGGGGCAAAUGAUUUUUUUCUAAUGUGUUGUUGCUUGGGAGGGCCCAGAUGUUAGGGUGAACUUCUUCAUAGUAAUUUUUGGAAAAAGUUGACUCAGACCUCCCUGGAUUGAGAUCAUCUCGGUCUAAGUUUAAAGGGAAAUGGAACAAAACUUUCAUUUGAGGGAAUGACGAGCACGUGUCUGUCUCACUGGUGGUACCAAGAAACUGAUUUCCUUGUAUUAAGUGCACUUCAUGUAUUUCUAAUAAGAUGACUUUCCAGAAAGUGAAAUUUGUUAUGUUCUGGCUUUUAAAAGGCAAAAUAUAAAUAAAUUUCAUAAUUUAUCCAA